AGCACAUUUCUCAUUAGAAGUAUUUACAUAUCAGCAUUCAGCCAACAACUUGGUUACGUACACGCUGCACAUUCUUCUACAAAGUCCAGACGCUUUCUCUUUGUCAGCAGUCAAGAAAUCGUCGCACUUCGAAACUAGAUUUAUUUGGACCCAAAACAAGUUGCAGAUAACUAUGUACAGUGAGGGGCUGUUGCUUUUGGUGGCGGGUCUCGCAUUGGCGAACGGCCAGGUGUUUUUGCCUCAGUACGUCCUACCUCCGCCACUCCAGCAAGCGGUGACCUACCAACAGCCGAGGGUGGAUUUGGCCCAUCCGGAAGUGGUGCUCAAUUCCCAAGCGGAAGCACAGCUCCCCCCUCACCUGUUGAAUCCAUUUUACAAGAACCCGAGGAUCGCCCAGGCGCUCGCCAAGGAAAGUUGGUUCGGCCCCGGUGAAAUGCACGUGGCCCAUCGUGAGGCGGAAAAGAUUCCCAGGACCAGGAUAUUCUCAGUGCUCAAGAAUGCAGGACUCGCCCGCAGGCGAUAAUCCACUCCUCCUCUCAUAAUCAUCAUCAUCAUCGUGAGUCAAGUCAACUCAUCAUUCGGACAUUCCACUGUGUAUCCUAGUCUAGUGCGUUUAUACUGGAUGCGAGAUAUGUUGUACAUAAUUUGAAAACGAUUGCGAAUCUCAAUAUUCUUAUUUACUUUUUUAUUAAAAAAAAGUUUUGUAUGUAAAUAAAAUUUUGUUUUUA